AUGGCUGAUUCGGGCCCGUCCCUGGCUCCGCCUCCGCACGCUCACCCGGUUGAUGUCAAGGUGCUGAGGCUGUCCAAGCCCUCGCUUGUGCUUGCAGAUGCCGUGGACAGCCCGCCGCUGCCAACGGGCGAGUUGUCGGUGCCCAAGGUCACCGGGUCGGUUUGCGUAGGCGAGAAGUUUGUAUGCUUGAUCUCUGUGUCUAACCGGGUCCACGAGGACAUCAAAGUUCAAUUGACCACCGAAGUGCUGACGCCAACCCAGCAGAGAGCACGCACUGCUCAAUCGCACGAUGCUCGCAAGACCCUGGCUCCUGGCGAGACGCUGGACGUCACCACCUCUUUCGAGCCUUCCCAAGUGGGAGGUCACGCUCUGGUUCUGCACAUAUCGUACGAAACAACCACGGAAACCCGGUCUAUUCGCAAGACAUUCAAGUUCGAGAGUCUGAUGGCUCUGAAUACGCGUGUGCGCACCAUGUCGACAUCCAAGGGCCCAUCUAUAGUCGAAGUGCAGAUCGAGAACAUCCUCGACACCACCCUCAUUAUAAAUGCAUGCGACUUGAAGGCCGUCGGUGGCUGGAGCAUCAAAGGAGUCGCGGAUCCGUUGCCCGUGCCCAUCCUUCGUCCACGAGACGUUUUCCAGUACUGCUUCGUGGCCAAUGGUGGAGAGUCGCGCGAGUUAGGCAACCUAAGCGUCAAAUGGGCCAGAGAGCCGCUGGGCAUCGAAGGGUUCUCGCCACUGGGCGUAGUUCGGUUAUGA